CGCAAAAAUCCCUGCGAAGUCGCAAAAAGGCGAUUUCAGUAAAAUUCCCAAAAAAAAAAAAAAAAAAAAAGGAAGAGAAGCAAAUUGCCAGUGUAAAAUACAAGCCGUUUGGAUUUAUCACGUGCCGCACGUGCUGGCCGUCGAAGACCUCUUUCCUCUUUCUCUCUCUUUCUCUCUUCCUCUCUCCUUCCCCUAACACCGUUAAGAUUUUCCAACGCGUUUGUUUUGUUUUUGUGUUUUGUUUUUGUUUUUGUGUUUUUUUGUUUUUUUGGGGUUUUGUUUUCUUAGGGUUUUCAGAAAAUCAGAAUCAUCUCCGAUCUCAUUGAUCAAAGAGAUUGUAUUGUCUUUUCUAGGACUCUCUUCAUCUGCUUUUUUUAUUUUUUUUUUCCCCUUCCAUUUUUGGAAUUUCGUGGAUUUAGUUUUGUAUUUUUUUUUUUUUUGGGGAGAUUUUUUGUUUGGGGGGAGAGGAAAAAAAAAAAAAAAAAAAAGAGAAAGAAAGAAAGAUUGAUGGUGCAGUUGAUGAAAUCGGGGGGUCUCCGACACGAACCGGAAGCAUGUAUGGAGAAGAUACCAGUGAAAUUGGAAAUUGAGGAUUCUUUGGAGGAGGAACACGGCCCGCUUAACAAGCGGUCCAAGCCCACCUCAGCUCUAAACGAGUGUGGUGCUGGAAAUAAUGCAUUUCCUAUCCCGCCAUCUCAAUACAACCCUCUUGACGAGCCUAGCCCUUUGGGUUUGAGGCUAAGAAAAAGUCCAUCAUUAUUGGAAUUAAUUCAAAUGAAGCUCUCUCAAGGGACCCCUGCUCUUGGAAGUGAACAGAGUGAAAGCAUUGCCUCUGGAAUCAAAAAGGAAUGUAAAGGCACUGCUCCCGCAGGUGCUACUGAUAAGCUAAAGGCUUCAAAUUUUCCAGCUUCACUUUUAAGGAUUGGGUGUUGGGAGUAUAAAUCAAGAUAUGAAGGUGAUUUAGUGGCAAAAUGCUACUUUGCUAAGCAUAAGCUCGUUUGGGAAGUUCUUGAAGGUGGUCUCAAGAGCAAAAUAGAAAUCCAGUGGUCAGAUAUUAUGGCUCUAAAGGCGAAUUGUCCUGAUGAUGGACUGAGUAGUUUGACUGUUGUGCUGGCUAGACAACCCCUUUUCUUCAGAGAGACCAAUCCUCAGCCUAGAAAGCACACCUUGUGGCAGGCAACAGCAGAUUUUACUGAUGGGCAAGCUAGCAUGCACAGGCAACAUUUUCUGCAAUGCCCACAAGGACUGCUAAAUAAACAUUUUGAAAAGCUUAUUCAGUGUGACAUGCGUCUUAACUUCUUGAGUCAACAGCCAGAGAUAGUUUUGGAUUCUCCAUAUUUUGAACCGCGAACUUCUGUUUUCGAGGACCCAGAUGAAUCCAAAGGCCAUGGUUUUGAUCAAGUUGAAAAUGGUAAUGGAUCUGCCAUAACUGGUUUCCAAGAUGUUGGUUCACCAUCUGGCACUCAGUCAUCUUCAUUGAAGAUUGAACAACAGGAUUCGGUUGGUGUGUCUUUGGAAAACCUGUCCAGAGAUGCUCCUUCCCCCAGCUCAGUGAUGGACUCUCGUGCAAUUGAAGGGAAUGGAAGUUCUGAAGCUGUUGAUUCUAAGGGACCCAAAAAUUGGGACCAGAUAAAAGUCCCUGGGCUGCACCCAUCAAUGUCAAUGAGUGAUCUUAUGAGCCGCAUUGGAAACUGUAUUUCUGAGCAGAUGACUUCUGGAAAUCCGCCCUCUGCCGAUCAACAGUCAGAAUACCAGGAUAUGCUGGAGGACAUUGCACAAUACCUGCUUAAUGACAAUCAAGCUACAACUGAUUCUGAUGAGAAAUCUCUCAUGACAAGAGUCAAUUCUCUCUGUUGUCUAUUGCAGAAGGAUCCUGUCACUGGUCAACAAUCACAGUUUGAUGGGGAAAGUUGCACUGAAGGACCUGAUGGUGGAAAGGAUGUUCAACUAAACAACACAUCUGAAAGUACAGUUAAACCUGAUGCUAAGGCUCCUGAAGAGGAUGCCAAGGAUGUUCUUGGUGGGAGACAAGCACCACCAGGCAUGUCAAGGAAAGACUCUUUUGGGGAGUUGCUGCUUCAUCUUCCUAGAAUUGCCUCUCUUCCAAAGUUCCUGUUUAACAUUUCUGAAGAAGAUGAUGAUUGAUUAACAUGUUUAAAGCUCAAAAAAAUUGGCAGGAAUCAAGCUUGAAUGCAGAUUCUCUCGCUGGCCAUGGUAUGUUCAAUAUGCCAUCUGUUAGAUGAUGCAUCUGAUGUUGUUAAAGCUUGCCUUGGGAAGAUUGGGAUUCAGAAAUUUGUAUUGAUGAAGAAUCCUGGUGAAUUUCCCUUGUAAAAGAAGAAAAGGAAAUCGUUCUAUUAGGUAUUUUAGUUGCAUUAUAUUAAGUUUCCUUGAACAAAGAAGUAUUUCUAUUGUAAGUAAAUUGAAUUGACCCUUGUAUUGUUAAUGUGAAAUUCCAGUUAUAUCUUGCUGUCUAAA